AUGCAACUCAAAACAUUGCAGCUACUACUACUAUGGAGAAUUGCCGUUUCAAACUGCGUCGAGGUGCCUUUAUUUGAUAAGUCAUCUGCAUCAAUUCCAUUCAAAAACUACGAUUGUGGUAGAAAUAUCAAGGUUAAAACACAUUUCCAUAAUUUCACGGAAGUAGUUACCAACAACGUGGACUGCACCCUUGAUCCAAGUUUCAUCACUGUGUUGAACAGUGAAUCGGAGUCAUACUUUAGUCCUACUACGUAUGAAGAAAAAUUUGGUUUCUCGGCAGCACAAACUUGUUCGAGUGUGGUGUACUGUAAAAGCUCAUCUAACAGAAUAUGUGAAAACAGUGAUGCGCUCAUCUACGAUUUCUCUAAAAGAGUAACGGACGCUUUGGAUGUUGAAAAAUUACCUCAAAAUGCCACAAUUUACGCUUUAGAUCCUUAUUGCGUCUAUAGGUAUCGAGAAAGUAGUGGUGGAAUCAUAUCGAGGACCCAUAGGUUCAAUAGUCCCGAUGUGUUCGACAGUAUGAAAAAUCUCGGCGCAUCUGGAAUAACGGUAAAAUCUGAUGGGGAUGAUCUUUAUAUAAAAACCAAUAUAAUCGAAUCGCUAGACGAAAAUCCUCGAGUCCUUAUCAAUGACGGAGAAGAACCAAGUUUUGGAACUUCUGAGCUCAAACAGGGUAACUCUCUAAGCUGGAAAAAUCACAAAGCUUGCAACUCAUGGUGUGACUAUGGUAGAAUGAUCCUUUUUAACAUUACAGCGAAUUCCGUAUUCACUUUCACACUGCAUCUGAAAAAAUCUUGUGAUUGGGUGGCUCUCUGUACUUAUAUAAAGGAAAGUGGUAUUCCAAGUUGCGAAAAAUUUGAUACCACUCAUCUUUUCUUGAAAAAUGAUCUCGUUCUGUUCUCUAGUUCACAUAUCGCUAUACCAUUAAAAAUGCAGACUGGUAUCGACGAAACAGACUUCUCUUCCAUUGAAAUAACAAAGUUACAGUCAGGAUUAUUAGCCGUUACCAACUCUUUGAGGCAAAGGGCUAUCAAUCUUAACGUUGAGAACAGAAAUGGCAAAAAGCUGGCAUUUUUAUUCUCUGAUUCUACUUGUUUGAAAGAGGAAAUAGGAAUUGAAACGACCAUAUCUAAUGGUUAUGUAUCCAUUCAACCUGGUGAAGAUGCUAGCAAAAUAAAAGAGGGACCAGUAAUCAUAGCUGGAUCGGUCUUGACUAAAGCCAAAGUUAUAGAAAUCCCAACCACUACUAUGGACCCACUGUUGCAUACGGUUCCUCAAACAACUACAAAGUCAUUCCUAGAAAGAAAUGAUAUUUUGGUCGACGAUGAUGCCGCUAUAGUACAGAGAUAUUCUGGCUGGAGAACUUGGGCACUUUUUUAUGGUUUUUUCACCGGAUCAAUAGCGGGAUGUACUGCUCUAGCAAUAGCUUUCUUUCUCUGUAGAAGAACCAUGUACCCCAAUUGGUACCGAGGAAUGUAUAAAAGAUAUGGAUGUGACGCUUCCAUGGAUGCUACCGGAGAGUUUGGUGGCAGUACGAUCGCCGAAAGUACUAUAAUGGGUUCAGCUAUGGGUUCAGCUAUGUCUUCAGCAAUGUCUUCAGCUAUCCCCACAGCAGUACCUUCAGCGAUGAGCAUGAACAAUUCCGUAGCAGAUUCAGUAGCAAUAACAAAAAGUAAAAAAGCGUUUUAA